CAUCAACAGUCCACGGCCCCGCCAGCCGCUGCUGCGCUCCUCUCUCCCUUUUUUCUCUUCUUCCAUGAUCUCCAUCCCUCUUCCUCCCCCUUCCCCGGGCUGCGUCUCUGCCCGCCGGCGCUGCAUCAUCUGCAUCCCUAACAUGGGAGAACAAAGCUGUCCUUCUUCCAUCUAGACGCGGAAAGUCGCACCUCACAGAGCCAAGACGGGGGGCACAAUGAGUGAGGAGCCGCCGGUCUCCCCGAGCUGGUUGAGCCCUGAUCCCACAGAAUGGGCCAGCGGGGGACCGAUGGACAACAGCACCAGCUUGGGGAUGUUCCCAGUGGAGGACUCCCCCCUGCCGCCCAGCCAGCUGCCGCUACUGGUUAACCCUUGGGACAUCGUGCUGUGCUCGUCAGGGACUCUCAUCGCCUGUGAGAACGCCUUGGUAGUGCUGGUGAUCUGGCAGAACCCUGCGCUCAGAGCUCCCAUGUUCCUUCUAAUCGGCAGCCUGGCUCUGGCAGACCUGCUGGCCGGCCUAGGCCUGGUUCUUCACUUCACCUGUGCCUACUUACUCCGCUCUGAAUCAGCCCAGUUGCUGACGGUGGGUCUGGUGGUGGCGUCCUUCUCUGCCUCCGUCUUCAGCCUGCUUGCUAUCACCAUCGACCGCUACCUGUCGCUAUACUACGCCCUGACCUAUAACUCGGAGCGGACAGCGGCCUUCACCUACACCAUGCUGCUGCUGCUGUGGGGUCUCUCCCUGUGUCUCGGCCUGCUGCCAGUCACCGGGGUCAACUGUCUGGAUGAGCAGGCCACAUGCAGUGUGGUGCGGCCACUGACGAAGAACAACAUCGCAGUUCUGUCCAUCUCCUUCCUGCUGCUGUUCGGCCUUAUGCUGCAGCUUUAUGUACAGAUCUGCAAAAUCGUCAUGCGCCACGCCCACCAGAUUGCCCUCCAGCACCAUUUCCUGGCUGCCACGCCUCACUACGUCACUACGCGGAAGGGCGUGUCGACCUUGGCCAUCAUCCUGGGGACCUUUGCAGCCUGCUGGAUGCCUUUCACCGUCUACUCCCUCAUUGCUGACUACACCUACCCUCCAUUGUAUACUUACGCCACACUGGUACCUGCCACCUACAACUCGGUCAUCAACCCGGUCAUCUACGCCUUCAGAAACCAGGAGAUCCAGAAAGCGUUGUGGCUGGUGUGCUGUGGCUGCAUUCCGACAAGCGUGGCGCACCGUGCUCGGACACCCAGCGACGUGUGACAGCUGCAGGCCAAGAUGGGACAACAUGAGGCAGUCUGGGUUAGCUCUGCUCCUCACUGGACACAUGGGUGUCACAAGGAGGGCAGCAGAAAAGGGCUGUGGGUGCAGCUCUGUCUGGAGAUGCAACAGCCCACGGUUUCUCCCUGUCUUCCCUACUCAAGGCCAAGAAGGUGGGUUGCAUCCCACCCACUCCAGGCACGCCCCUUUCUUAUUUCUGCAGAAAGUGUAUCCUGUGGUCCAUGCAGCAACUGUGCACCUAAACCAGGCACACAGUCAAAGCUCUGUAGCUUUAAUUGUUAUCAUGAUCAGAAUGAUCAUCCUGUUUUGCAGCGGCUGAGCAACAGUCAAAGCCCGUCUGAGGCAGCCUGCAGGAGCGUCCUGCUCUGUUGCUGCUGCACUCUGGACGUGCGACGAAAGCUGAGCAGCCGCGGGGAGCUAAAAAUAGACCUGAUGCUCUCUGAUCCGCUCCACAGACGCCGGGGAAGAAAUCUAGCCUGUAUUUCUCCCUGCCUCACCCCCCCUCCCCACUUUCUCUCCUCUGGCUGUAGAUGCGUGAACGCACCAAAAGAAGAAAAGGCUCCAACCAGACCUGCCAUAGCAUUACCAGUCUUCUGCAUUACUGUUUCUAUAUAUACCAAACCAAAAACAAGCCAAUCAGAUUAUCUCAUAAUGCUUCUCAUUAUUACCUUUGAAAUAUUAAAACACUAAUUUCAAAUCCCAUCAUCCAAAGUAAGCCAAACAAGCUAAAAUGCUUGUUUUUUUAAUCAGAAAUCUCACUGGACUCACUUUACAUUUAGUUUGUCAUUUAUAUAAGACAAAAUUUCACCCUCAGAUUGAUUUAUCACAAUGUUUUAUUCAAAUGAAAGCCCCCAAAAUAAAGCUUCCAUGCCGACCUGCCUCUGGUGACAUCACAGAAAGAAUAAGACAGCUACCUGGACUUUAGCUGAGUUCAUCUAUUAAAAUUAUUACGUUCUUCCCUCUAUUUUCAUGAUUUCUAUCCUCAAUCAACAGAUGGUCAAACUCCUUGCAGCUCAGUCAUCUCUAAAUGUUCAUUUUCGCAGUAUUUGCUUAUACCAGCUGUCUAGCCUGGUUCUUGUGCCUCUUGUGAUUUCUUCAACCCAUACACAAAAUAUCAGCGCUGUUUUUAAAAACAAAACCCACCUUUUUACUACUAAGUGUUCUUAUUUUGAGUGUAGAGUGUCAUAAACAACAAAACCAACUCUAAACAGCCUCUUUAAAUAAAGGAAUUAGCUGUGAUUUGCAUGCAUCUAGCACAGUUCAGUGGGGUAGGUCUCGCAGGCCCCUGCAGGCUAUGUGCUGUGGAUGCCUGACAUCAUCGUGACCCAAAUAAUUUUAUUUAUGUACCUCAUGAACAUGUUCUGCAUCAUAAGAGCUGAAACUGUUGCACAAAGGUCACAGGAGCUGUUUUGUUUUGCUUUUCACAUGACUAUACCUUGCAAAAGUUUUCACAUUUUUUAAAGUUUUUCCCAAUUUAUCAUAUUUCAAAAUUAGACUUUAAUGGCUGUGGUUGAGCUUUUAUGUGGCAGAGAAGGACUAGUGCAAAAGAAAAUGCAUAUACAUGUUUUUAUUGCGGCAUGUAUUAAAAAGACAAUCUUUGACGGCAAAUACAGCUGCAGGUCAUCGUGGGUUUGUUUGGGAUCCUUGCUGCUCUGCCUUACUUUAAAAUCAUUUGCACAUUAGUGCAAAAUAUGUUUUUUUGCAGGAUUGUCUUUUAUUUAGCUCUGUCUAUGUUCCCUCAAAGUAUGAUGCUACCACUGCCCUGAUUCACUUUAAUGAUAGUGAGUUGAGGGUGAUAUGCAGUGUCAAUUUCAUAUUUUGUACCACAAAAAAAUGUAGUUUGAUCUACCCUGAUCUACUAAGUGAUUUCUGAAGACACCAAAUUUUAUUCAGGGAUAUACGAGAUAUACUACAUUUCUGUACUAUUCUGAUUUUAUAUCCAGUAAAAUCCCUAUAAAGACUCUGCAGACUAGAAAAACUUCAAGAGGUGUGAGUUUGCUUGCAAGGUACUGUAUGUGAUGAAGAGCAGUCCUAUCACUUCCAUGCUGCUCUGAGUUAAAGUCUCCAACCGUCUGUAGGUUCUCUGCACCCCUGCAUCAUUUCAGCAAUAACUAGCCUGAAUGGUAGUUAUUUUUUAGAUGUAAAGCAAUACUCAGACAGCAAUAACAUCUGCGUUCCACGAAGCACCACACAAUGUUAGGAGGCGGGCUUUGAGAGCCAAAGUGAUAGAUACUAGAAUGAAGGUUGGGUCACUCACACCCAGAUCAAACUGCUUAUUCAUCCCGGAAAUACUACUGCCUCAUUUCAUCCAGAACAGAGUUAUGAUCAUUGGCACACCAGGAGCAGAACUGUGAUCAAUGCCUCUGCCUUUUCUGAGCGAAUACGGUGUCCUGGGCGUUAAAUAAGAAAAAAAAAAAAGCUUUUCUUUUUGUGUGUGUGUGUGU